CAAGGCCGAGGAAGUGUGCAGGAAAAGGAUUCAUUCUAAGGAAACUGUUGUUGUGUGAAAGGGGAGUGUAGAACCAAAUGUUUUUUAGCUGCUACCAAAAAGGACUGCUUAAAAAACUGGUUUCUAUCCGAACAAACUAAAAAACAUUUGAACUUGCUUCGGAUUCACCGCACAAUGACGGAUAAUGCGAAAAUCCUUGACCUCACUGAAACGCCGUGUGCGGCUUGUGACGAACCUUCCACGGAAAAUGAACAGAUGAUUGGAUGUGAUGGGUGUCUGCUGUGGUUCCACCUUCGCUGCGUAGGGAUGUCGGCUGAAGAAGCAGAGAAGAAGAAGAAGUGGUUUUGCGCUGAUGAUAACUGUCAGCAAGCCAAGAAAAAGAAGAGGAACGUCGUCAAGAGAAACGGUGAUGAAUCGGACCGUUCCAGUGUCAAAUCCGAUGCUGCGCUAACUCUGGAGCAAAAGCUGAAAGCAAUGGAGGAGACCCAAAAGCGGAUGGAGCAGGAGCUGGAAGCGGAAAUGAUGUUGAAGAAGAAAGAAAUGGAGAUCAAGAGAAGGAUUGAAAGAAAACGUAUGAUGUUAGAAAAACAAAUGCGCGAAGAGGAAGAAGAACAGGAGAAGCUGCUACAGGAGGAGAUUCUACGAGAGAGGAAGCUACAGUUGGAACGCAUGACGACCAGACAGCAGUCGUUCGAGGAAGAAAUGAAGGAUCUCGAUGAAAAGAUGAAUAAGCUGAAAGGUUCUGCGUCAAAAGAAAAGAGAUGA